AUGGCAACUGAGUAUACUCCUCCUGCACCUGGGUCCAAGAUCAUCAUUGUCGGCGGCGGUUGCUUUGGUUUAUCCACCGCUUAUGCUUUGGCAUUGAAGCAUCAAUACGACAUUUGGGUCUUUGACAGACAGGCAAUUCCUGCUAACGAUGCAGCAUCUUGUGACAUCAACAAGAUUGUCCGCAUGGAUUAUGCCAAUGACACUCUGUACAUGCACUUGAUGGUCGAGGCAUUUGGUAUGUGGCGCCAAUGGAACAAGGAAAGAGCCGAAAAGAAUCUGGAGCCUGUUUUCCAUCAAAGCGGCGUCUUGCUGUUCUCAGGCAAGGACAAGUUUUCAGACUUUGAGAGAGAUUGUAUGAAGAACAUUCGUGAGGCAGGCUAUGGCCAUUUCAUUGAAGAGUUCAUUAGUCCAGAACAAAUCAUUGAGAAAUUCCCACAAUUCCAAAAGGCAGUUGAGAAUGGGUUCAAUACAGCUUAUUUGAACAAGGAAGGAGGUUGGUGCAACUCGUCUGAAGCUGUGAAACACAUUUACAACAAAUGCCUUGACCUGGAUGUCCAUUUUGUUACUGGAAUGGACACUGGCUGCUUGGACAGUCUCUACUGCGAUCCCAAAUCACCAAAUACAGUGGUAGGCAUCAAGACAGCAGAUGGCAAGAUCCACUACGGUGAUAGAGUAUUGUUGACUACGGGAUCAUGGACGAGUGGUGUGGUGGACAUGCACAAACAAGUCGUGGCAACAGGUCAACAGGUCAUCCACUUUCAGCCUCCACAGCAUUUGAGAAGAGAGUGGGAAAAAUUGCCUGUCUGGUGUGGUGAUCUAUCUAAUACAGGCUACUAUGGCUUCCCUUGCAACGCAGAUGGCAAGAUGAAGAUAGGCAAGCAUCACAGCGGCUAUCUUAAUCCUCGUGCCACUGACGAGGUAUCCGUACCUAGAACGCAAGUGACACAUACUGGAGACACUAUUCCUAUUGGUGCUCUGCGUGAGUUCCGUCAGUUUAUGGGUAAAUUUCUUCCUGAGACUUCAAAUCUAGACAUCUCCUUUGGAAGAGUGUGUUGGUACUCUGAUUCAAUUGAUGGCGAUUUUGUCAUUGGUCCUCAUCCAGACUACAAGAAUCUCCUAGUAGCUUGUGGUGAUUCGGGUCAUGGACUCAAAUUCAUUCCAGUUAUUGGAUUCAAAAUUAGAGAUAUUGUAGAAGGCAUUGAUACCGAAUACAGCCGUGCAUGGGCAUGGCGUAACAUGCAAACUCAAGAUACCAAAUUAGACGGUUUGCGUGCGGACGCUUUGCUUCAAAGAUUGAUCUUGUGCGAAGAUAAUAACGCUGAUUGUAGAAUGUGUCAUGUCGAUGAGUUUAAGGCUUCUUUCGAUCAUGCUAGUGCGGCUAAAAUUUAA